GCGCAGCGCGGCGAGCGGAGGCGGCGAGCGGCGCCCGCGCCGCAGCCGCGGCCUCGGCCAGAGCGCGAGUAUUUUUCAAACUUUCCUCCUUUCCCGGCUUUCCGGGGCUCUUCUCGCCUGGAACUGCUCUCCAGAUUCCCGCGGGGCGCCGGGCUGCGACUCGUCCUCCAGGGCCCUCCGCGGCUCGCCUAACUUCGCGGACCCGGGGCACGCGUGGCGCUCGCCCAGCCCGCGCCGCUCGCCCGCUCGAGAGGGCCGGGGCCCGGGCUCGCCGGGGGACGGGCUGCUGAACCCUCCACAGCGGCUGCAGGACUGGAGUCGGCGGAUUAACCCGAGCCGAGCCCGGCCUCGCGGCCCCGGCUCCGCGGAGGGCGUCCCCCGGGCAGGGAAGCGACAAGUUUGUCAGUCGUCGGUGGCUGCUGGAUCCGAGCGCCGCUGCCGCCGCCGCCGCAGAGAGAGCUCCGGCGCCCGGCACAUCGCGCGGACAGCCCUGGGCGCCCUGGGCGGCUCGGCCGCCAGGCUCCUAGGGCCGGGGCGCUGGCUGCCGCGCGGGGCGCGCGGAGGCACCCGGGCCCGGGCCAGCGCCCCCUGCGUCCCCACGCGGGCAGCGACCCUGCCAGAGUAGGAACCCGGGUCUCCGCCGCCGCCGCCGCCUCAGUCUCCCGGUCCCCGCCACCGCCGCCGCCCCCUCUCUGUCGCCUCUCUGGGAGAGGGGGACACACCGGGAGCAUCGCGGGGCCCCGGCGGAUGCGCCCCCCGCCGCCUCUUGGGCUGCGCCGCCUCGCGGGGAUGAAGCACCGGCCGUGAAGAUGGAGGUGACCUGCCUUCUACUUCUGGCGCUGAUCCCCUUCCAUUGCCGGGGACAAGGAGUCUACGCUCCAGCGCAGGCGCAGAUCGUGCACGCAGGCCAGGCGUGCGUGGUGAAGGAGGACAACGUGAGUGAGCGCGUCUACACCAUCAGGGAGGGGGACACGCUCGUGCUGCAGUGCCUGCUCACCGGGCACCCGCGACCCCAGGUGCGGUGGACCAAGACGGCGGGCAGCGCAUCGGACAAGUUCCAGGAGACGUCGGUGUUUAACGAGACUCUGCGCAUUGAGCGCAUCGCACGCACGCAGGGUGGCCGCUACUACUGCAAGGCCGAGAACGGCGUGGGCGUGCCGGCCAUCAAGUCCAUCCGCGUGGACGUGCAGUACCUGGACGAGCCGGUGCUCACUGUGCACCAGACGGUGAGCGACGUGCGGGGCAACUUCUACCAGGAGAAGACGGUGUUCCUGCGCUGCACGGUCAACUCCAACCCGCCCGCCCGCUUCAUCUGGAAGCGCGGCUCCGACACGCUGUCCCACAGCCAGGACAAUGGGGUCGACAUCUACGAACCCCUCUACACCCAGGGGGAAACCAAGGUUCUGAAGCUGAAGAACCUGCGGCCCCAGGACUACGCCAGCUACACCUGCCAGGUGUCUGUGCGCAAUGUGUGUGGCAUCCCAGACAAGGCCAUCACCUUCCGGCUCACCAACACCACAGCACCGCCAGCCCUGAAGCUGUCCGUGAACGAGACGCUGGUGGUGAACCCUGGGGAGAACGUGACGGUGCAGUGUCUGCUGAUGGGCGGCGAUCCCCUACCCCAGCUGCAGUGGUCCCACGGGCCCGGCCCACUGCCCUUGGGUGCUCUGGCCCAGGGUGGCAUCCUCAGCAUCCCUUCGGUGCAGGCCCGGGACUCUGGCUACUACAACUGCACAGCCACCAACAACGUGGGCAACCCUGCCAAGAAGACGGUCAACCUGCUCGUGCGAUCCAUGAAGAACGCCACGUUCCAGAUCACUCCUGAUAUGAUCAAGGAGAGUGAGAACAUACAGCUGGGCCAGGACCUGAAGCUGUCCUGCCACGUGGACGCAGUGCCCCAGGAGAAGGUGACCUACCAGUGGUUCAAGAACGGCAAGCCGGCGCGCAUGUCCAAGCGACUGCUGGUGACCCGCAAUGACCCCGAGCUGCCGGCCGUCACCAGCAGCCUGGAGCUCAUCGACCUGCACUUCAGCGACUACGGCACCUACCUGUGCAUGGCUUCCUUCCCCGGGGCGCCCGUGCCGGACCUCAGUGUCGAGGUCAACAUCUCCUCCGAGACAGUGCCACCCACCAUCAGUGUGCCCAAGGGCAGAGCCGUGGUGACUGUGCGGGAGGGCUCGCCUGCAGAGCUGCAGUGUGAGGUGCGGGGCAAGCCACGGCCACCCGUCCUCUGGUCCCGCGUGGACAAGGAGGCCAUCCUGCUGCCGUCGGGGCUACUGCUGGAGGAGACUCCGGACGGGAAGCUGCGGCUGGAGCGCGUGAGCCGAGACAUGAGCGGGACCUACCGCUGCCAGACGGCCCGCUACAAUGGCUUCAACGUGCGGCCCCGCGAGGCCCAGGUGCAGCUCAACGUGCAGUUCCCGCCGGAGGUGGAGCCCAGCUCCCAGGACGUGCGCCAGGCGCUGGGCCGGCCGGUGCUCCUGCGCUGCACGCUCCUGCGAGGGAGCCCCCAGCGCAUCGCCUCAGCCGUGUGGCGCUUCAAAGGGCAGCUGCUGCCGCUGCCGCCCAUUGUCGCUGCCGCCGCCACCGAGACCUCCGACCACGCCGAGCUGCGCCUCGACGCCGUGACCCGCGACAGCAGCGGCAGCUACGAGUGCAGCGUCUCCAACGACGUGGGCUCGGCCACCUGCCUCUUUCACGUCUCGGCCAAAGCCUACAGCCCGGAGUUUUACUUCGACACCCCCAACCCCACCCGCAGCCACAAGCUGUCCAAGAACUACUCGUAUGUGCUGCAGUGGACGCAGAGGGAGCCCGACGCAGUGGACCCUGUGCUCAGCUACAGACUCAGUGUCCGCCAGUUGAACCAGCACAACACCGUGGUCAAGGCCAUCCCAGUGCGGCGAGUGGAGAAGGGGCAACUGCUGGAGUACGUGCUGGCUGACCUGCGAGUGCCCCACAGCUACGAGAUCCGCCUCACGCCCUACACCACCUUUGGGGCUGGCGACAUGGCCUCCCGCAUCAUCCACUACACAGAGCCCAUCAACUCUCCGAACCUGUCAGAUAACACCUGCCACUUUGAGGAUGAGAAGAUCUGUGGCUACACCCAGGACCUGACGGACAACUUCGACUGGACACGGCAGAAUGCCCUCACCCAGAACCCCAAGCGCUCCCCCAACACCGGCCCCCCCACCGACAUCAGCGGCACCCCUGAGGGCUACUACAUGUUCAUUGAGACGUCGAGGCCCCGGGAGCUGGGGGACCGGGCAAGGCUGGUGAGUCCCCUGUACAACGCCAGCGCCAAGUUCUACUGUGUCUCCUUCUUCUACCACAUGUACGGGAAGCACAUUGGCUCCCUCAACCUCCUGGUGCGGUCCCGGAACAAAGGGGCUCUGGACACGCACGCCUGGUCCCUGAGCGGCAAUAAGGGCAACGUGUGGCAGCAGGCCCACGUGCCCAUCAACCCCAGUGGGCCCUUCCAGAUUAUUUUUGAGGGGGUUCGAGGCUCUGGCUACCUGGGGGAUAUCGCCAUCGAUGACGUCACACUGAAGAAGGGAGAGUGUCCCCGGAAGCAGAUGGAUCCCAACAAAGUGGUGGUGAUGCCCGGCAGCAGAGCCCCCCGCCAGUGCAGCCCGCAGCUCUGGGGGCCCAUGGCCAUCUUCCUCUUGGCGAUGCAGAGAUGAUGAGAGCUGCGUGCUCCCCACCCCGCCCCCGGCACACCAAAGUGUCCACAUCGUACCAAAGACUGACCCCCGCCAGCCGGGGUGCCCAGGGGCAGGGCCAGCCCGCCAGGGAGGGGGCCUGCAUCGGCUGCAAGGAUGAGCAGAGAGUUCAAGGACAGGCACCCGGCACCGAGGCCCUGAAGACGGUUGUUUGACACACACAUGCGCACACGCACACACACACACACACACACACAUAGAUAUUAAAGCACAAGUUUCUAUCUGACCUGCCAGCACCUCUUUAUGGUGGAGCCAGGGACUCAGUCGGGACAGCACCCGCCACCCCAGGGACCUCGGCGCCACACAGGCUUCUCCCUGGCUGCACCUGCGGAGUGUUCCUGACUCCCCCACCCCCAACUCAAGCCCCGACUCCAGCCCAGUGGCUUUGCUGAAUGGACGCCUGCCAUUGGGCAGACUGGGACUCCCUGGGAUGGGGAGGCAGGGGCCAGAGGAGGGCCAGGUGCGGCUGUGUGAGCUGUGUGACCGUCCCCCACCCUGGGGACAACAAGGAAGGUGGGCACCUGCUGCUGGCCACUGUUCCUAGAGAGCGGGCCAGCUGGAAGAGACCCCCUCUCCCCCCCGCCAGACUCCCUAUUCCUCAUUCCCUGUGACACCUCUGUUGGGCCACGGCCCAGGGUCUGGGGCCUGGGCGGUGUGAGGACUGACACCUGUGGCCUGCAGCUGGCCUCCCAGAGCACAGCCCAGCUGGGUCUCAGAGGAGCGGGGGCAGCGGGCGGAGGAGAUGUCUUUCUGUCCCCUCCCACCUCCGUGUAGGACGCUGCACUGGGGAGUGCCGUGCAGCCUCUGUCUUUGUGCUCUGGGCCUGACAGGCUGCCCUGCAGAGCAGGGUGUGUGGCAUCUGCUUGGCCCUCCCCUCUUCCAGCCAGGGUCGGUGAAGGAGCAAGGCUUUGUGGAGGAGCUGAGGGUGACGGGUAGGGGCAGUGGCUGGUCCUCUUGUUCCCUGGGAGCUGUGAAGGGGCUCCGUGUCCUCGGGUCCUGGGCUGGGCGUCUGAGAUGGUCGUCAUGGGAUCUGGAUCGCAACAUGGUCUCUGAGCCCCAGCUCAGCUGUCCCCAGGAGAGAGGACGCCCAGCCCCUUCCAGGAUGAGUCUAUGUGUGUGUGCCUGUGGCUGUGUGUGUGUGUCUGCAUCUGUGCGCACCGUGGGUGCAUCACGGGGCAGGAGGAGUGUGUGCAGUGUGGGCCUGCGUGUGCAAUGUCACAUAUCUGUCAGUGAGGCUGGGUCUCUCCCCAUCGCUGUGAGUGUGUGUGAGAGUGUGCGUGUCCAUCUUCCUGAGUGGCUGGUGUGUUAGGUGGGAUGCUGGCCAGAUGGACCACUUCCUGCCUUAUCCUGUAGGCUCCGGCUGCCUCCUGCUGCCUGAAAUCCCGCCUCCCAACCCCUAAGGAAGACAGAAAGCUUACAGAUGACCCCACUGAAGGCAGGCACCUGUGGUGGGGGCUGUCACAGGGCUCCUGCUGGAGCCACGGCAGGGACAGCUGCAGAGAAGGGGCUUGGAAUGCGGGCAACACCACAGUGCCAGGCGGCAGGCAGGGACCAGGGCCAACGCUGCCCAGCUCCUUGAUCCGCCAGGCCUGCAUUAGCAUCAUCACCAACAGCUGGUGGGUGGCCGGGCCAGGCUGCGGGGGGACCUCCUGACUCCAGCCAGCGGGGCUGCCUUCCUGGCGCGGCCAAGGCCUUGGUCCCGCAUGAGUCACUCCAAGCCCCCAGCACAGGCUUCCGUCGCAUCUGCUGGGAGCUGUUCCUUAAUUGUCCCAUCUGUGCAGAGUCUCUGCCCCCCCCCCCCCAACUAGACUGUGAGCUCCUCCUCCGAGCCUUCCAACCCGCUCCCCUCCCCGCGCUCAUGGCGGGCAUGCACAGGCCUGGGAUGCAGCCUCACUGUGGCUUUGCCCCAUGGCCUGCAGCCUACCAACCCCAUCCCCAUCUUUUAGAAAUGCUGAGUCAUGCCCCCCCCCGUGGAUCCUGGUUCAAGAGCUCCUCAGAGAACCCAGGAGGCACCCUCCGGCCCAUCACCCACCCCAUGCUUCCUCUGCCCUUGCAGGGGAGGGCCUGGGGUCCAGAGAGGAACAGCCCUGAGCACUUCCUCCCGGGCUUCCUCAUCCGCCCCCUGCCCGCUGCCCCACUCAGGCCGGCACAGACAAGGUGCCCAGAACGCGCUAGCUGAGCGGAACUGCGCGCACGUAGCUGCGAGCGCGUGGUUGGUUGGCGUGACUGCAGGGACGCCAGCGCCCUUGCGCGUGUGUGCGUGCACGUGUGCGGAGGUCUGUGUGUGAGUGGUGCUGUGACUGCCUUGGUGUGUGUGCAUGCGUGUGUGCCAGUGGGUCUGCGGGGGAAUGCAUGUCACCGGGUGCUUCCAUGUUGGUGUUGUCUGUGCUGGCUUGGGACCCACAAAUACCCCAGUCCCAGGGAGACUAGGCUGGCUGGACCAGUGCCUCUCCCGUGGGUGGGCUUGCCGUCUGGGGCAGGGUGCCUGGGGCAUACCGUGGCCUUAAAGCUGAGCGUCCAGGGGCAGCCCUCAGCGUGGUGGACUCCUUCCACUCAGACCCCUCCAGGUUGGGGUCAGGGGCUGGAGAGGACCCCUGGAGCCAGGCACUGAACAGCAGCAGUGGGGCACCUCAGCCUGGCCCUCCUGCUGCCCCCCGGGACCCCGGACAGCCUCCGAGGGGUGCAGAGUUGGCCUGAGGACCACACUUCUCCUGCCCUGGCCCUCUCUGGGAGGGGCUCUGCACCUUUCCCCGUGCACUCUCCUGUCCCAUGUGCUCUGUGAGCUCCUGGCCUCAGCAGCCCAGACCCUGCACGGUGCAAGACGAGAUGGCAAAGCCGAUUGCGGGAGGGACGGCCAAGGCCACACAGCCAGCUGUGGGUAGAGCCAGCCUUGGACUCCAGGUUCUGCAGCUUCACUGCGCACUGCCCCUGGGCUCUCCGGCCAGACAGCUUCGAGGAGCUUGGUCAAACUGCCUUGUCUCCAGGGCACUGGGUGGAGCUAUCUCAGGUGUUUCUGAGCUUCUGCACUGGGACAGCCAAGGGUCUCCCUGCCCCAGUUUCUGGCCUCUCAUCCCAGGCCACAUGGCAGGCCCGGGUGUUGCGUGGAAGAUGUCACCUCUGGCCGCAGCUGCUGCCUGCCCCCAACACGCAUCUAGACAGGAGGGACCGUUCUCCCUCCUUGCCUCUCUGCUGCCGCAGCCUGGGCUGCAGACGAAGGUCAGAACCCAUCCUCAUCCUCCUGAGCCCCUCAGGACCACUGCUGGUUUCUUCUCCUCCUUGCAUGGCUCUGGGGGCGGGGGUAUUUCUGCGGGCUGGUCCCAGGUGCACCUGCUCUGCAGAGUCCCUGUAGGGCCACUGGUUGAGGUUGGGUUCUGGGUUCAGGGAAGUCCUCCUCUGUUGGGUGUGUGUGUGAGGGUGUGAAUGGGAAAACUAAGGUGUGUCUAAGGGUGUGUCUAAGUGUGUGUGUGUGAGAAGGUGUGAAUGAGGGUGUGCUUGUGUAAGAACAAGAAUAGGAAGGGGUGUGUGUGUUCAAGGGUUCCCGUAUCUGAGGGUGCGUGUGGGAUGUGUAUGUGUGUGUAAGGAUAUGAAUAGGUGUGUGUGUGUGUAUGAGUUUAAGGGUGUGUGUGUGUGUGUGUCGGAGCAGAAGAGCUGCUCUUUCCUGGAGAGCCCUUGACCCUUGCAGCUGGAAGGGACCCUGCCGGUGGCUAGUCAGUGCCCACGGGACAGGUGAGAAAGUGGAGGCCCAGGGAGAUGGCCGCAGCCCUGCCCCCUCCCCUGGUGGUGCUUGUGGUCACUCCCCAGGGGCCCUGCUGGGAGGCCCCUGCCUCCUCACAGCUGCCCACACCAUCUCCGCCCAACUCUGCAGGCCCCUGUGCCCCACGCCUGAGCCCCCGUCCUGCCCCGGGGCGGGGGGCGGCCUGCUCACCAAGGCCUUAUCCCGGGCCACAGGAGGGGCAGGGGAAGCGGAGGGGACUGCUGCAGCCCGGAGGCCUCACAGACUCGGGAGAAAAGCCAAAACCCCUCGUGCCCAGGCCCCAGCCCAUCCCACCAAGGUAAAAGCACAACGGAGACCCCUUCCUCAUGGGUGAAACGCAGCGGGGUUAUUUUUGAGUCUCACGACCCCGUCCUCACCCCUUUGCCUUGCUCUCUGUCUCCAUCCCAGCCUCUGUUCCCUCUGCCCCGUCCCGUCCCCAAUCCCCCACUGUAACCUGUCGUCGCGGCCGCGGUUCUUUCCAUCAAUAAAGCUGCAGUGUUCUA